AUGCCCGGCGAUAUCGAAGACACGCCCUGGAAGCGCAUACACGAAGCUGCGCUUGCAAACGGCGACCGCACCUACACCGACCCAGCAACCGGCUACACAGUGUUUACAGAGCUGUCGCACCUUGACCGCGAACACUGCCCGUACAACCAAGAGAAUGUCGGAAAGCCCGAGCAGCUGAAGCAGCAGGCACGGGAAGCACGCCAGCGCAAAGCAGCACGGAAGAAGAAUAAAUAG